AUGUUAGCGAAUAAGAUGUUGUGUUUAGUACAUAUAGCAAUAAACAUCUUCCUUUUUUUUCUGUUUUUCUUAUAUUUUGACUUUUAUUGUACAUCACCAAAGAAGAUGACUACCAAUUUAUUGAAGCAUUCAGUUAAUCAAUAUUUGGAAGAAAUUCCUCAACAAGUGCAAACUAGGUUAUAUGAGUCCCCUGCAACAUGUUUAGCUAUUUAUAGGUUAUUGCCCCAAGUAGCGAAAUUCUUAGUCAUGUCAAUGGUUUUUAAUGAUGCAGAUGUGUCACUUCGAGACCUUGAUAGAUGGAUCAAAUCAAAUGGGAAAUUAGAAUUCCAAGAGGCCAUCAAGUCUUUAAAGUCAUUACAUCUUAUUAUUCCUAAUAAGUCAGUUGGACAAUUGAUGAUUGGAUUGAAUCCAACUUUUCGAAAUAGUUUUAGAAAUGCUUUGACAGGUGGUGAGGUUAGCAAUUCAUUCGGUGUUGUUGUUGAAGAUGAUGAAGAUACAAAACAAGGGAUCAUAGAUAUGCAGCUUCUUGAUGAAUAUUCUGCAAACAAAUGGGAAACUAUAUUACAUUUCAUGGUGGGGACACCAAUGUCUGAAAUACCAUCCAAUAGCGUUUUAAAUCUUUUGAAACAUAGUGGACUUAUGGAAGAAGUUGAGGAGACAGGUGAAUUUAAGAUUACUAAUGAGGGGUUCCAAUUUUUGUUACAAGAAAUUAGUUCUCAAAUUUGGACAUUAUUAUUACAAUAUUUAAAACUUUCUGAAACUUUGCAAAUGGAUACAGUGGAGGUCCUGAAUUUUAUAUUUAUGCUAGGUGCAUUAGAAGUUGGGAAGGCUUAUAGUACUGAAAGUUUAACUGCAACCCAGAAAAUUAUGCUGAAAGAUAUGAGAGAUUAUGGUAUUGUAUUUCAAAAGAAUGCAACGUCUAAUGUUUUUUAUCCUACAAGUUUAGCUAUCAUGUUGACAUCAGAUUCAAGAAAUGUCAUUAGAACAGCAUCUGGUGCCAUGGAUAGUGUUUUAAGACAAAACAAAGAUGAUAUUAAUUUCAAAAAAGAAGAUGGAAUUUCUAGUAUUUCCACGAAUAGAAAGGAACAAGAACAAGUAGGUAUAGAUUCUCAAGAAAUUCAAGAUGGAGCCCUAAUUAUAGAAACCAAUUUUAAAUUAUAUUCAUAUUCAAAUUCUCCAUUACAAAUUGCUGUUUUAAGUUUAUUUGUACAUUUAAAAACAAGAUUUAUUAACAUGGUGACAGGUCAAUUAACUAGAGAAUCUGUUAGAAGAGCACUGAUGAAUGGUAUUACAGCAGACCAGAUUAUUGCAUAUUUAGAAACACAUGCACAUCCACAAAUGAGGAGAUUAGCUGAGGCUAAACUGUUGAAAAAGAAGGAAUUAGAUCCAAAUUUGAAAGAUACACUCCAAAUUUUACCACCGACUGUAGUUGAUCAGAUUAAAUUGUGGCAGUUAGAAUUAGAUAGAGUCAUUACAUAUGAAGGCUCAUUGUAUUCUGAUUUUGAAAGUAGUGCAGAGUAUAAUAUGUUAUGCAAGUAUGCGCAAGAUAUAGGUGUUUUACUUUGGAAGGAUGAUAAGAAAAGAAAAUUCUUUGUCUCAAAGGAGGGAAACUCCCAAGUUUUGGACUAUGCGAAAAGAAAAUUGAAAAAGAAACAAUGA